AUUAACAUAAUUACAUCAGCAUUUAGGGGAAUAAUAAAAACUGUGUUGCAUCUUAAUUGUGUAUUAUGAUGCCUCAAUUUAAAAUAAAGUUGUUUCAUGAUGGUGGUUGGUGGUUGACCUCAAGAAUAUUUACCUCAAAGAUAAGUUUCUAACCCAGAUUUCAUGUUCAAGAGAACAGAUGAAACUGCAUCAAUAUAAAUCUAACCCCAAAUGCAAAGUUUCUUACUUGACACUACACCAUGAAGGCUUGUGCCACUGAGCUCAGUGGGAAGGUCUCACCUUACAACACUCAGAGAAAAGUUUUAGUACUGGUUCUUAUCUUGAUUCUCUUCGCGAUUAUCCAUCUCCUUGCAAAUAAUUGUCAGUCACCUUUGCUAUUUCUUUACUUCAAAACUAGAGAUGUCGGAGCCGUCACACUGGAGAAGAAAUGUGACAUUUUCAGCGGAAGGUGGGUCCCUCACCCUGAAGGGCCUUACUACUCAAAUGAAAGUUGCCAUCUGAUAAUUGACCAGCAUAACUGUAUGAAGCUUGGAAGACCUGACAAGGAGUACAUGAACUGGAGGUGGAAGCCUGAUGAAUGUGAGUUACCUCUGUUCAAUCCAACUCAGUUCCUUGAGAUUGUUAGAGGGAAGUCAAUGGCAUUUGUUGGGGAUUCUGUGGGGAGGAACCAAAUGCAAUCACUGUUAUGCCUCUUAUCCGGUGUGGCAUAUCCAGAGGAUAUUUCUGACAAAUACUCGUCAAACACGGAUUAUUUCAAACGAUAUUUCUAUGCUGAUUACAAUUUUACUGUAGCAACACUCUGGUCUCCGUUCUUAGUUAAAUCAGGUGAUGCAGAUCCUGAUGGUCAUUCCCUCAACAGCCUCAUGAGCCUCUACUUGGAUGAAGCUGAUGAGGCAUGGGCAAAUGAAGUAGAAAAUUUUGACUAUGUGAUUGUUUCAGCUGGACAAUGGUUCUUCCGGCCUUUGAUAUACAAUGAAAACAGUCAGCUUAUUGGGUGCCAUAAAUGUUAUAUAAAGAACAUGACAGCCAUUCCCAAGUACUACGGAUACAGAAUGGCCUUUCGAACUGCCUUUAGAACUCUUCAGAGCCUGAAGAAUUACAAGGGUAUAACAUUUCUAAGGACAUUUUCUCCCUCUCACUUCGAAAAUGGUGAUUGGAACAAGGGAGGAAAUUGUGCAAGAACAAGGCCAUUUACAAGCCAAGAAAUGAAGUUAGAAGGGUAUGCAAUGGAGUUCUACUUGACACAGGUGGAAGAACUAAGGGCUGCAGAGAAACAAGGGAAAAGUAGAGGCUUGAAAUUUCUAUUACUUGACGCUACUGAAAUAAUGCUGCUUAGGCCGGAUGGGCAUCCAAAUAAGUAUGGACAAUCCCCACAUAAGAAUGUUUCAGUGAAUGAUUGUGUUCAUUGGUGUUUGCCAGGCCCAGUUGACUCCUGGAAUGAGUUUUUGCUUUAUAUGAUGAAAGCUGAAGGUCAGAGUUCGGUUUAGGGGAAGCUUAAUGAGAAAUUCUUGAUGUAAAUUUGACACAGAUUUAUUUAUUUGCAUAUAUAUUUGAAACCCUGCUUGGAUUUUUUUACCUCUAAAACCAUUUCUCCUUUUGUUUAUAAUUUGUAAUGAAGAAGAAAGAGAAAGUUAUAAAAGAAAUAUAGAGAAUCAACUCUUAGAAAUGUUAUUGCAAAUAAUUGUGUUUCAA